AUGCGUGAUCAACCGAUCGUUCGUGGUUCUACGGUGAUCGAAAUGACACGAAAGAUAAAUAGAGCUGCGAAAACGUUACCAAAGAGAAAAAUUCGAAGACUCUGGCCGAUGAAGAUCGUUGCAUUGAUUGUCUCGGCUAUUCAAGAUCUUCGCGAGACAAAGGGAUCUACGCCUAGUAAAAUUAUUGGCUAUAUCAGUUAUGGUUCUAACGUGGACGAUGGAAAGGUUAAGCGACAAGUAAAAUCAGUCUUGAAGAGAGGUUUAAAAUACGGUAUACUAAGAAGGUACCGAGGGCACUAUUUCCUUCCUACUUGCGACGAAUUAGACCGUGCAAAUCGUAUCGCCUUGAGAUUUGCUAAAUUACCGUUGCCCUCUGCAUGUUCCACGAAAUCGAACGUGCUAGUUCCCGGUAAAUUCGCACCAAUGGCAAGUCGGAGAAAGACGGGCAAGUCUGCUGCAAAAUUGCGAAGAACGAAACGGCUUGGGAAACCCCGUCCAAUUUUAAUCUCUCCCACGGCUAGUUUAACGAACGCAGUUUGCAACGCUGGCGAAUUAUGA